CUCCCAUUGAUUGAUCUCCACUACACUCCCCGCUGACCAGAGAAAACACUCGAUAGCGAAUGCGAGAGGGGAUUUAAAUUGGACAAAUACUGUCCACCUCGCUUGACGGAUAAGGUAGCUGUCUGUUUUCUCACGCAGUCCGAGGUAAUCCGAUAUUAAUACUGUUUAACGACGAGCCCAACCUCGACACGGUGCGACGUUAGCUAGCUCGUAAUGUCGGCACUGGACUUGUUUUUCCCUCUAGACUCCGCUUCCUGUUAGCCUCGGGCUAGCUGGAAAAUCGGAAUUAUGCUAAUGAACGAGCAGGUAUAGUUAGCCAACGCAAAGGGGUGUAACUUUACUACUUACAGAAAGGCUUACCCGUCGCAGUUUAGUUGCAGUUUAUUCACGAACCUAUGCUAUUAACUUUGUUUCACAGCCAGCUACCAGGGCAGCUGGUUUCCUUUAGUUUGCUAGCGCUCGACAGCUAGCCAUCUUGCUUGUGUUGAAAGGGGUUUAAGAAUUUAACUUGACAAGCUUUUUGGGUUUGCAGAGAGAGAAGGAUAUUAACUUUUGUUGCAGUUGCUCGUUAAUAUAAGCGUCGGCAAUGGGAUUACUCGUGUAGGAUCCAAUUACGUGCGACUGUUUCCUUUUUAAAAAUACUUUAUUUCUCUGUGGGGGGAAAAAGCCUGACUCUUCUUCCACUGUGAAAAGACAAUAGAGAACCUGAGACUCUCUCAGCUGUUGUUCUGGCACCGACGAAAACCCCACUGACAACUCAACUCAUGAUAAAAAAUAGUAUUUUGAUAAUUGUGUGUUUAAACCUCCAUGCUGAUAAAGCUGUAAUAUCCUCUUUUUUAAAAAAAAAUACUCAUGUGCGUUCAUAAGUGGUACAAUAAAUAAAGGGUCUCCGCACAGAUACCGAGGAGUGGAUGUGAUGCAGAUGGUGCUUGUGCGACAUAUGAGGGCUGAACCCGCUGCCUCCAGGUAUCCCCGCUCGGUUUAUUGAGACAGCGGCUUUAAAUGCCUCAGAAAACACUCGCAGUAGCCGGUCGUCUUCAGAGGUAACUAGGUGGGUAGAGAGACGCGGAGAAGCGGUCUGAAGAGGGAGGCUCCUGUCCGUUUCUGUACGUCCAUCUCUCCAGCCUACCUUCAUCACGUCCAUCCACCACCACCGCCCCCCUUCUUCUCCUCCUCCUCUUCCUCCACCUCCUCCCCAGUCAUGGACCCCCCGAGGACUCGGUCGCGGUCUCGGUCUGGCUUCUAUCAUUUCGGCAUGAACGGCAACAUUGGGAGCAAUGGCAGUGGUAACGCGGUUGGUAACGGGAGCAUGAUGAACGCCAGCGGAGGAGGAGUGAGCUACCCGCAGCAGAGCAACCCCGGCUGGGCGCCGCACCACGGAGGUCGUAGCUACCCGGAGAGCCAGCAGCAGCACACCCAGGGGAGCUACCUGUCCGCAGGGGCGCAGCGCCACUCUUCGCACGGAGCUCACAGACACCCCGGGGCCGGAGGAGGGCUACAUUUCCAUCCAGAUAAUGUGUGCAGCGAGGAUCGGGACAAAAUGGAAGACAGCCCGAGUCCGAAAAGGCAGCGUCUUUCCCAACAGUCCAUGUUGGAUCUAAGCUCCGCCCCUCCCUCUACUCCUUCCUCUCCCAUUCGCCCCUGGGAGCUGCCUCCCAGUCGCAGACCACACCCCCAUUACAUGCCAGAGAGAUGCCAUACACCUCUUCGCAACCGACGCAGCCCUCCAAUGAGACGCCAGCGUGGCCGGAGAGACCGUCUGACUCGCCACCACCACCACGCCCACAACAACCACAACAACCACAACAACCACCACCACUACAACAGCAACAACAACCAUCACCACCACCAUCACCACCCCAACGCCCACCAUCAUCACCACCACCACCACAUGCACUCUCACCACGGCCCGUCGCCAGGCCACCAGGAUGAGAACUACCGUCACCCGGCUCCACCUCUGGGCUACCCACCCUACAGCCAGCAACCUCCCCGAGGGCUGGGGCCUGGGCCUGAAGAGCGCCCGGGUCACCAUCCCCCAAACCCCUCCCCGAGGCCCCUCCACCAGUCACCGAAUCUGUCUCCCAGGCUGCUGCACCCUGCGGCCCAUCCACAGCACCCGCACCCCCAUCCACACCCCCAUCCAUCUCAGCAACAGAGCAGUAUGGUGCUGGACCUCCAUGAACAGGGUUCAGCUCCUGUCUCGUAUCCUGUGUCUCCUCCGGGAGCGCCACCAGGCCUGCCGCCUCGCUCUGCCCCUCAGCAGAUCCCAGCAUGCUCAGUAGUCUUCAGUGGACAGCACUAUCCCGUCUGCAGUGUCCCUCCUCCUGUGAGUGUCCUUCAGACUUGUUCUGUGCAGCACCUACCCAUGCCCUACCCAUUCCCAUCACUGCUGUCCAGUGAUCCGACCUUCCUGCUUCCCCCUCCUCACCUCCCCCAUCCCCCAACACAUCUUUCCCACCACCCACCUCACCUGCCUCAGCCUGGACAGUUUGGACCCUAUCCGACACAGCAGGCCCGAUCGCCGUUACAGAGGAUAGAGAAUGACGUAGAGCUGCUUGGAGAGCACCUCUCUUUGGGUGCUGGGCUCCACUAUCCUCCUGCCACCCACCCUGCCCUCACCCCACACUCCACACAGCUUCACUUCCUCUCCCAUGACCCCUUGCCACAGGAAUUCUUCGGAGUGUCCUACCCAAACUUUAUUCCUCGGCGUCUCCCUGGGCGACGGUACCGCUCACAGCAGCCACUGCCACCUUCGCCUUACCACCCCAGCCUCCUGCCUUACUUCCUUUCAAUGCUGCCAGUCCAGCCAACAGGUCCUGCGAUCAGUCUAGAGCUGGAUGUAGACGACGGAGAAGUGGAGAAUUAUGAGGCCCUCCUGAACCUCGCUGAGCGUCUGGGAGAGGCCAAACUCCGAGGACUGACCAAGGGAGACAUAGAACAGCUUCCUUCCUAUCGGUUCAAUCCAAAUAACCAUCAGUCUGAACAAACACUGUGUGUGGUGUGUAUGAGUGAUUUUGAGUCCCGCCAAUUGCUGCGAGUCCUGCCCUGCAGCCACGAGUUCCAUGGGAAGUGCGUCGACAAGUGGCUGAGGGCCAACAGGACGUGUCCCAUUUGUCGGGCCGACGCCUCAGAGGUCCAGAGAGACUCCGAGUGACCACAUGAGGGAGCCAGACGCUCCGAAUUGUCUGUCAAACAUGCUCAGCACUACCUGCUCCUGAUAUAGUGAUACACAUGUACGUGCUCACACACACACACACACACACACACACACACACACACACCACUUCCUUGUCCUUUUGUGCAGCGCUUCCUGCUUGUCUGUUAUCCUUUCAAUCUUUAUCCCUUCUCAUUUACAUUGGAUAUGAUUUUUAUCUGAUUCCCUCUUCCCCAGUUAUUUUACCUUGGGUCAUUUCCCUUCUAUUAGUGUUUCCUAUUCACAUUAAUGCAGGCCUUCACAUCUUUGCCUGACCACUAUUCUGUAAUGGGGUGUGUGUGUGUGUGUGUGCGCGUGUGUGUGCGUGUGUGUGUGUACAACUGUGCAAUCGUUGUUUGGUCAGCCCUGUAAUGCUGGGCUGACAUGCCUGUGUGUGUGUGUGUGUGUGUGUGUGUGUGUGUGUGUGUGUGUGUGUGUGUGUGUGUGUGUGUGUGUGUGUGUGUGUGUGUGUGUGUGUGUGUGUGUGUGUGUGUGUGUGUGUGUGUGUGUGUGUGUGUGUGUGUGUGUGUGUGUGUGAGAGAAAGAGAUUUUUAGAUGUCCUGGAGCAUGCCUGAGUUUCUGUUGUGUAUCGGACAAGAGUUAACAACAUCAGAGAGUUUUUGCUCUCAUGAGUGACUGACUUUACUUCCUGUUUGUACGUUUAUGCACUGUCUGUCUGUAUGCAUACUAUGUGUGUAUGUAUGUUAUAGACUUAAAUCCUUUUCUCUAGUUUGACACUAAGGGUCCAUGUUGCCACUAUAUUUUUUUCGUUGCCUAUUUGAUCCAUUUAUUUCAGUAGAUUAUUAUUAUUAUUAUUAUUAUUAUUAUUAUUAUUAUUGUUAUUAUUCAACCAUUAUAAGUGAUUGUUUUCCUGCCUGGCAGUUACCUCAUCAUUCCGGUUCUGGUCAUCCUUUAUUACAAGCGCUUCACGGCACUACUUUGAAAUUAAGCACAUUAUAUAUUUUUCUUUUUCCUUUUGUUUUCUUAGUAAAAUAAGUUUGUCUGUGAUUUUGCAGUGGCACAUGUGUUACAUAUAUACAUAUAUCUAUAUAUACUGUAUAAAUCUAUGAAUAUCUGUAUACCAAAUAAAAGGCUUGAUAUGAACUUUUUAAA